AGCUCACGUUCGUUCGAGACCAGGCUGACCGGCAAUAGAUUAAAUGGAAUGCAGGGAAGAACAGUUGGUGCCUCGAGGGGCUUUGAUCCAAACAGACUGAAGAUAUUGCAGCGAUAUCUGGCGGCGGACGCGUCGAACGGCGUUGGGUGCUUGUUUCAUCUUGUUUGACAGGGCGAUCACUUCGCUGAGCUGCCUUCUCUUUUCUUUCUUGUUUCCUACAAAUUCCCGUUACUUAACGUUGGCGGAACGCUCACUGCCAUCUACCAGAUGUAUCAGAUCCAGCCGUAUACCGUCGGAUACCGCCGAACCUGCAUAUAAAGUGCCUUCCUCCCUUUUCUCCAACCACCACCGGCUCUGACAACUAGUGACAACUAGCAUGGGCCAUUCCCAGUCUCAGCCUAUCCCCCGUUCGGUACGCCGGAAACAGUCUACCGUAUUCUCCCAGCUCGUCUGCGCGACAGCAAGUUCUUCCACCCUUGCCUCCAUGCCUUCCAAGGGAACCUCAGAAUUCCUCCUCGUAAACGAGAAAUCCCAAUAUCGCGACAAUGAAAACAAGCGACGGCCAGCUGACGGCACCUAUGCAUAUAGGCGUCUCUCUUAUCUUUCUCCGAAAGAGAUUAUAUCCGAUGAUGCUGCCAUGGCGUACAAUGACUUUCUACGAGAAUUUCCGGAGUAUCGGCUCACCUGGAUACUCGAUACCCUCCGUCGUACCGACUUCACGCGUCUCGAGACGUCCGGAGAGACAUUUGUUGACUACAUGGGCGGCGCCCUCUAUCCUGAGAGCCUCAUACGCGUCCAUACCGAUUUUUUGCAUCGCAGUGUCCUCGGAAAUACCCAUUCAGUCAGCAAUAGCUCCAAGCUAUCCCUAAAAUGUGCAGACGAAGCCAGAGCAGCGGUGCUUUCAUUCUUUCAAGCGCCUCCCGAGUACACCGUUGUCUUUACAACCAAUGCUACCGGUGCCCUCAAACUCGUGGGGGAGUCGUUCCCAUUUUCUGGAGGCAGUACCUACGUUCUUUCGGCAGAUUCCCAUAAUAGUGUUCAUGGCAUCCGGGAAUUUGCAACUGUACGCGGCUCUAGGGUUUGCUACAUCCCUUCUCCACCUCAUGGUGGUAUAGAUCCGGUUCUAGCAAAGAACACCCUCCUCCGUAAUCGCCCUCGAUUUAAAGAUCUUUUGCCGUGUUUAUUCGCACUAACCGGACAAUCAAACAUUACAAAUUCUAAAACCUCCCUUUCUCUUAUUGAAUAUGCAUCCUCAUUAGGAUAUAAUACGAUCCUUGACGCCGCCGCUCUGGCGCCGACAUCGCUGGUGUCCCUCAAGGACACGCCCGUUGACGCGAUGGCAAUUUCCUUUUACAAAAUGUUUGGCUUCCCAACAGGUGUCGGAGCUCUUGUUGUCAAAAAGUCGUUCCUGGCACAGCUGAAACGCCCUUGGUUUGCUGGUGGAACCGUCGACGUCGUUCAGGUGCCUGGAAGUAUUGUCACCAGAUCGCAUAGCCUUCAUGAACAAUUUGAGGAUGGAACCAUUAACUAUCUAACAUUACCUGCGAUAACAGAUGGCCUACGAUUUCUUUCAGCUUGCCUUCCUUUUCUUCCUCUACGACUUACCACGCUCCUACACUAUGUUGUUUCCUCACUUACACGACUGCGUCACGACACAAUUGGGACACCCGUUGUCCGUAUUCUUUCACGGACACCUUCAAAACGGCUUCGCUCAGUAGGCGAGCAAGCGGACACUGGCUCAAUUAUUUCUUUGAUUUUCUUAUCUCCGUCGGGUGAUAUGCUUCCCAACUCAUUCAUCGAACAUGCUGCUUCUCAGCACAAUAUAUCUCUUCGUACUGGGUGUAUGUGUAAUCCGGGCGGGGCGGCCGCUAUCCUCGAAAUCCAAGACGAUAUGAAACAGCUAUACAGCGGAGUAACUCUGAAGGAUUUUGAGCAUCUCGUUGGGCGGGAGCUUGGAGUCGUAAGGAUAAGCUUUGGACUGGCGAGCAACUUCUACGAUGCAUGGGAGGUCGUCCGUUUCGCGACGCUGAUGUCGAACGAACGGACACGAGAGGUCAUGUGGAAUCAAUGGACGGAGGCCUCGGGUGUCAUGAUUGGCCAGGCUAUCUGAAUGGCGGACGGAAUGUAUGUUAACACAAUGAAAUGGUGUGUAUUUUUAUUGAAAGGUUU